GCUCUAGGCUCCAUGGCACUCUGGUUGACUAUGGUCAUUGCUCUCACCUGCCUUGGCGGCCUUGCCUCCCCGGUCCCUGGGCCUAACUCCACAGCCCUCAAGGAGCUCAUUGAGGAACUGGCCAACAUCACCCAGAAUCAGGCAUCCCUCUGCAAUGGCAGCAUGGUGUGGAGCAUCAAGUGGACCGGCAGCAUGUACUGUGCAGCUCUAGAAUCUUUGGUCAAUGUCUCCGACUGCAGCGCCAUCCAAAGGACACAGAGGAUGCUGAAAGCGCUGUGCCUUCACAACACCUUGGCCGGGCAGAUCUCCAGUGAGCGCAGCCAAGACACAAAAAUUGAAGUGAUCCAGUUGAUGAAAAACCUGCUCACCCACGUCCGGGGAGUUUAUCGCCACGGGAAGUUAACAUGA